GGUACUGAGAAAAACAGAGGUCACAUUGCAUUUUGAAAUUGUGCUAAAACACAGACUGGACUCAGAAUGUAUUUGUGCGUGAAUAUACAUUUUCCGUCAGAAAACUUUAUUGUGUCAAGGAAAAGCAUUGCAUAUCAAAGAAGUUCCCGGGUUCACUUUCUGGACAAAGAGCAAGAGAAUUUACCAGGCUGGAGUUUCCCGGUGAGACAGCACCAUCCAUAAGUCUCUGGAAAGGAAAGGCACACUGGUUCCGAGACUGCUUUCACUUUCAUUGCUUUUUGUGGGCAGGAAGGCUGCACAGCCAUGGCGGGCAAGAAGACAUAUGAAAGAGAUCCAAUCUACAAGAUCAAGGGUUUGGCCAAGGACAUGCUGGAUGGGGUUUUUGAUGACUUGGUGGAGAAGAAUGUGAUAAAUGGAAAUGAGUUACUCAGACUAGGGGAAGGUGCGAGCUUCCUUCUGAAUAACGCUGAAAACCUGGUUGAGAAUAUCUUUGAGAAAACAGAAAUGGCAAGCAAAAUAUUUUCAGGCCACAUUGUCAAUUCCAAGAAGCAACUGAGUUUAAAAUUUCAUUCUGAUGAUGAAGAUGAUGAAUCUCAGAAAAUAUCUACAUCAUCUUCUCAAUCAGAGUCUGAAAACAGAAUUAAAGACAGCAAAGAUGAAAAACAAACUUUAUCAGAGCAGACACUCAUUUUCUCUCUGAUGGAAACCAAAAGAGAAAAGGAAGAUGAAGAACUGGUACAAGAUGCUGGAGUGGCCCAUGCAUCAAACCCAAUACUGACAGCUCCUGAGGGAAUCCAGAGAACAGAAGCCCAAGACACACUGAAGCUUUGUCCUUGUGAUCAAUUCUAUAAGAUGAAGACAGAAAAGGCAAAAGAGAUAUAUCCAGUGAUGGAGAAGGAAGGCCGAACACGAUUGGCUCUUAUCAUCUGCAACAAAAAGUUUGACUACCUUUUUGAUCGAGAAGAUGCUGAGGUUGAUAUUUUGAACAUGGAGGAGCUACUUCAAAACCUUGGAUACUCAGUGGUGAUAAAGGAAAACCUUACAGCUCAGGAAAUGGAGACAGAAUUAAUGCAGUUUGCUGGCCGUCCAGAGCACCAGUCCUCUGACAGCACAUUCCUGGUGUUUAUGUCCCAUGGCAUCCUGGAAGGAAUCUGUGGGGUGAGGCACAGGAACAAAGAGCCAGACGUUCUUCCUGAUGACACCAUCUUCACAAUUUUCAACAACUCUAACUGCAGGAGCCUGAGAAACAAACCCAAGAUCCUCAUCAUGCAGGCCUGCAGGGGCAAACAUAAUGGAAUUGUUUGGGUAUCCACAAGCAAAGGGAUAGCCACUGCUGAUACAGAUGAGGAGCUUGUGCUGAGCUGUAAAUGGAGAAGCAGUGUGGCAAAGGCCCAUGUGGAGAAGGAUUUCAUUGCUUUCAAAUCUUCUACCCCACAUAAUAUUUCUUGGAAGGUAAGCAAGAGUGGCUCGCUCUUCAUUUCUAAACUCAUCGACUGCUUCAAAAAGUAUUGUUGGUGUUAUCAUUUGGAGGAAAUUUUUAGAAAGGUUCAACAUUCAUUUGAGGAUCCAGGUGAACUCACCCAGAUGCCCACCAUUGAGAGAGUAUCCAUGACACGAUAUUUCUACCUCUUCCCUGGGAAUUAACACAGGUGAUACACAUGCAGUUCUCAGCCGAGUAUUGCUGUGGGUGAGAAGAAAGGAAAAUACAAAGAAUCCUGGAUUUUUAAAUGUUUAAGUCUUUUCAAUUAGAUGUUUUAUAGAACAUCUAGAUAAUUUCCCAUUGGUUGUCUUUGGGGGGGAGGGAACUGACAUGUUAAAAUUUGCAUGAAAACUAUAGAUUAGUUUCUUCGUGCCAAGUCUUUACACCUUUCAUUCUACUUUAUCAAAUUUUGUACUCAUGAUCUCUAUGAAAUAAAUGAAAUAGGAAGACACCAAAGAGCACCUGGAAACAACCUUUUAAUAGUAUAAGAACCACUUACACUUAUAAACUAAUAAUCAGGAUUUACUCACAAAGCAGAUCUUAUAUGCAAUGGAGGUAAGAACCAAAAUGUCUGCUGCACAUGGUCACAUAGCUAGUUAAGAGUAAUAAUUCCAUAGGGACAAGAUAAAGGACAAGGAUCUCCUCUGUUUUUCUCUUGUCAUAUAUGGUUCCCAUGCCUAGUGGCUGCCUAGCAUUCCUUUUAAUUGGUUUGUUAGGAUAUACUUUACGAAUUUAGGUUAGUUAUAAAUUUGUUGUCUUAAAUAUUUUUGUAAUAAAAAUGUCUUUACACAUAUUUAAAUUUCUGUCCGUUAUAAUUAAUGGAAUAAACCUUCAAAACAGAAAUUGUAAGGUUAAAAACAUUAAGGGUAAUUUUUUAACACAAAUUAUCAUAGGAAACACUGUGCGAAGUUGCAUUCUUCCGGAGCAGGAUGUGCUGAAGCCCACCUAUCCCUACUUUGCCCAGUCUUGAGAAUGUUGCGUCAUUAGUUGUCUUUCAUUGUGACAAAAAUAAAAUCAGUGCUCAUCAUUCGCUUAAAA